AUGAAUGGUUAUUUUUUGGGUUAUAAAGGACAGAUUUCGGUGGAAGAAAGAUUUAUCCGAUUUCUUGGAAUUUUCCAGGCUUUUUUGGAGACUUUUCUGAACUAAUGUGUUUCAGAACGCAGAAGUUUUAUAACCUGAAAUGAAUAUAAAAUGAACGGCUCUUCAUUAUGAGACUUUAUCAAAUCUUCUCUGAUAUUUCUGUUAAUUUUUUUCUUUCUGUUUCUUAUUCGUUCAGAUUUGAUAUAGCCUUCAAAUAUCUCAGAAGAAAAAAAUUGUAUUAUUAAAUAAUUGAUUUGAAAAAUUGCUCCAAUUUUUCCUAAAUUUCGCAGAUGAGGCCGCCUAUCACAAAAACGAAAACUUGGGAUUCACAAGAAGCCGAUUAUGUCCCGAAUUCGAAUGAGAAAAAAAUGUGGAAUAUGUAGCAACCAUACAUGGCAACGUAAUAUGAAAUUCAGAAUGCCAUGAAAAAUAUUAUUUAUUUAGACAUAUGAAAUCGUGGUCCAAAAUCAAGAAAAUGAAGAGGAAGAGUUGAUUGAAGACCGUGGGGAAGAAGAAGAAACUUAUCAACAGGAAGGUUUCUAAGGAGAAAAAAGACUGAAAUUUUACGAUUUCUCUUCAGAAUUUGUGGAGUGUUAUGAGCAAGCUGAACCUCGUGUGGAAUAUAUUAUAAAUGAGCCGGUGGAAGAGGUUGUCGACGAAGUUGUCGAAGAAACUGUUGAAGAGCAGGAAGAAGCGGUGGUUAGAGUUUCAAGUCGAUCCAACAACUUGCUUCCUAUUUUUUUUGAUUUCUUUAAUUAUCCAUAACAACACGUUUUUUUUUUUUGCGGAAACCCGGCACAUGAAAUUUUAAAAUUUUCAAUUCAAUAUAUGUAAAAAAAUUCGGAAAUUAAGGAGCUCCCGAAAAUUCACUGUAUGUUUUGCGACGCCGUUGUCGACCUCGAAGCUGGACACAGCCACCACAUGUGCAAAUCGUUCUUGAGAAAAAAUUUCAAGUUAAAAGCAGCUGAUUUUUCACCCAGUUCUUUUUAUUCUCAGAUGCAACAUGUGUGAUGAACAGUUCAACUUCUCGCAGAAUUAUGAAGUUCAUCGUCAGGUGUGCCACUUCGAGAAGGUAGUUCACUUGAUUUACACUAGGAUUUCUGGAAAGUCAACCAGUUUUUGAGUAUAAUCUUUUUACCCAUGUCUUCGUGAUUUUUCUUUUUUCUGGAUACCUGAAUCCUUUUUUUCUCAUUAUUUUUUAAGACUUGGUUGAAUUUAAAAGGCUAGAGUCUUUUUUUUUCUCGCCGAUUCUUUUUUUUUUGGUUGAUAUAGCUUUUACAUGUCCUAGCAAGCUGUUAUAAAAGUUUUUAGCUUUUAAAAAUGCUGGUUAGACUGUUCAAAGCCGCUAGAAAUUGCAACAGCAUACUAAGAUUUUUCUCAGAAUUCCUGAGCCCUUAAACAUCUCAAAAAGUUUUAAAAGCUGUUUUAGAGUGGAUCAUAAGCAUUAGCGAAGCUCAUAGAAGCUUUUGAAGCAUAAUAAAAUUUAUGGUAAACAUAAGGGUGAUGCUCUUAAAGGGGAAACAUUUUUUCCGAAGUUAAUUUUUCUCAAAUUUUAAAGUAAGGAGCUUUUUAUUUUUUCAUCACUUUUUCUUAAAAGAAGAGUUUAUUUUACCUUCGGUAAGAAAAAAAUACUUUCUAGGAAUCAUUUUCCGGAGAGAAGACCUGCGAAAUUUGUUUCCUAAAUAAUCAGCCGACUUUUUCGCCGUUAUCAAGCAUAUAUCGGACAUUUGAAGACGCAUCUACAGUCAGAUAGUUUCGUUUGUAAAAUUUGCUUGCAGCAGUUUGAAAACCAGGUUUUCAGAAUUCGAGAAAAUAUUUUUUUAAAAUUUCAUUUGUAGGCUGUUUUCAAGCGGCACAAACGACAGGUUCACCGCGACGAAGGCUCUCAAUUGAACGAAGUCGCUUUUUGUCCCAAAUGCGAAGUUCAAAUUCCAGUGGAAGAAGUUUCAAUCCACUUGAAAUUGCACGAUACUCAUAAGUGCUUUGAAAAUUAGUGUCUUAAGAAAAAAAAAACUUUCUAGAAGUUUGUCAGUGAGAGAAGAAGUUCGACGUGAGAAGAAACUGGAUUCCAAUUGGACUGGUGAGAUUUCCAGAAGAUUUCGAAACGGAAGAAUGAGAUUCUAUUUUCAGCGGACGGGAAGAAAAAGCAUCAGUGUCCGACGUGCCAAAAAUUUUUCAGAAGGCCAGCUGAGUUGAAGCGACAUUUAGUUAUCCAUGUUCGAGAAAGUAUGGUUUUGGAUUUUUUGUGUGGGGAAAUUUUAAAAUGAAAGAACAGUUUUAUCAGAAAAACUGGGACGAAAGCCAGAAAAGAAACGUUUUAUGUUUUAAAAACCAUGGAGAUUUUGACGAAUUUUUCUCUUAAAAAAAUUUUAUUGCAAAAUUUUCAGCAAAUGCGAACCUUCCCAAGUGGAAAUGCGCCAUUUGCAGCAAAGAAUACUCGCAUGAGACCGGCUUGAACGAGCAUAAAAGGGUAGCCCACGGCUCUGCUACCGAGUAUGUCUGUCAGAUUUGCGGGUUUUCCUUCACCAAGGUUGUUUUCAGUUAGAAGGAUCAUAAGAAAAUUCAAGUUUUGCAGCAGUCGAAUUUGGAGCGACAUCUGAAAAAGCAACAUCCUGUGAAACUGAGCUGCGCUCAAACUGAUUCGAGUUUGGAGUGUAGUUAUUGUCCAUCGGUUUAUGCGUCGUUUCACGCUUUGGCGGCACAUCAGAAAAGGAAUCACAGGUCGACGAAAGGUAUAGUCAUUUUAAGGCUGGCUUGGCUCAUCGAAAAAAGGGUUUCGAAAGAUUAAAAAGAGAUAGUGCGCGGUUGACGGAAGUCGCAGACAGGUCACAGAGAACUUUUCAGACGGCAACUACAUGGCUCCGAACCAAUGUACCAUCUGUAAGCUCUCGUUCCAAGGAAUGGCGAUGCUGAGAGCCCACAAGGCUCAGUACCAUCCGACGAAUCAAAACAUCACGCGAGAGGAGCAGACGCCGAUGUUCGAAUGUGACAGGUGUUCGAAAAAGUUCUCGAUUUUACUUGAAAACAGUUUUUCACCCGGUUAAAUCAAGAUAUCUUCUCCGAGCUUCUCUCCUUCUGCACUUGGAUAUGCACCGUCGGAACGAAGAAGUCCCGGUGGCUAUCAAAUUACCUUCGAAUAAAGGGUUUCAGUGUGAAACUUGCAGAGAGGUUUGAAAAGGAAAAAAAAGAGAAGCUAUACAGUUUUUCAGCUUUUUGCGACAAAGAAAGAUUUCAAAAGUCAUACUUGCCCAACGACUUCUCGAAACGAUGCGAGGACCAUUCAAACUGUUGUUGAUAAUCCCAACAAUAUCAACAAGUACCUGAGUUUAUUCAACAAUUUUGAAACCUUUGUUAUCCAUCAGAAUCGUCUGUCGUCUCUGCACGCCUUAUAAGAAGUUUUCGACGAUGCGCGAGUUUCGAGAACACAACAGAAGGCAUCAACAGCGAAGGCCCCAUUUGUGCUGGAUUUGUCACAAAUCUUUCAGGACUGAAGGUGAUAAUGAUAUGAUUCGCGUGUUAUAGCCCAUCCCGCGUCACUUGUCGCGUUUUUUGUUCUGCCAAACAGAGCGAUAAGAAAGACUAAUUCCGAAUAAUUUUGACCGCGCUACACUUCAAGAUCUUUCUUUCGAAGCGUGACCGUCUUGCGCGGGGUUAGUUUCAAUUGGAAAAAGACAAGAUUAACUAGGAAACUGCUUCGACUUUCGAUAGGACUUGUAAGUCACGUUAGAUUUAGGGUAUCUAUUUUUCAACGCGUUUUUCGAAACGUUUCAUUUAAUCUUUAUUUCGGUGUUUCAAAUCGCAAAGAUAGAAAAAGUUAUGGCCUCUCGAAGCCUCUUUUCAAAUAGUUGAACAGUUGAGUGUAUUUUCAAUGGUAAAUUUAUAGAUUAAUUUUUAUGUAUAUUAUUGAUUCAGCAAUUUUUUUUAUCCAUAUAUUUUCAUUGACGAGUCAAAUUUAGAAGUUCAUAUAAGACUUGCCUCGUCUAGUGAUUUUUUUUUUGGUAAUACAGAUACUUCUAAAAAUUUCGAAAUUUGUCGUUUGAAGGCCAUGUUGGGGUCUUAGAACUGGUUAAUUGAAUAACUUAGGCUUUUCGAUCUGAAUUUUCGGUUUUCCGUGCAGUUAAUCGAGGAGAAAUGUUAAAGUUUGAAUUUUUAUUUCGACAUUUCUGUUUUCCGUGCUAUUCAUUGUUGAAAAACGUCAAAGUUUGAAUCUGAAAAUAGGCUUCAUUUUUCUAGAUCUCCUGGUCCUUCACAAAGGAAUCCACAACCGAGAUCCGAUAGCAUGCGAGAGCUGUGGAAUGGUUCUCUAUGGGCGGACGAUGUACCGGCAACACCAGAGGACGGCUCAUCCGACUGGAGACGACGUCUGCGUCCAAGUCGUCAUUGAGCACGACCGAGUUCGUGGUCAACUUCGUGCUCCUUUUCAUUUUAAGUUGUUCCAGAACGUCGCUUCGGCUCAGUCUUUCCCUGAGUACAGCCUGAGGGAUGUGAACGGGACGAGUUUUGACGUCGUUCGGGCUCAAUCCGCUGACUGGAUGGAGCCCCAGCAGCAGCAACAGCAGAUUGUCGUCAUUGAGAGUGAGUUCGAGGAGAUUGGAAGACUGGAAAUGUGAUAAAAAUCUUCUGGAGACCAAAUCACCUCACCCUAUAGGGGCCUCUGAGGCUUGCAAAAGUGACCCGAUAUGAGGGACAUCCUAUUCGAUUAUUGUUAUGAACUUGUGAGAAUUCUUUCCUCUACAGGGUUGUCAUCCCCUAACCCCUAUAAGGACCACUCUGGCGUUCCUAAGAUGUAUCACGAAUUAUACAAUUGAUCAUUUUUUUGACUGAAAAUUAAAAAGAAAGCAGUUAUCUUCAAAAUGUUCAGCUGCGGAUACGACUUCCAUGAUGAACGUCCCCAUCCGCUGCGAUGUUUGUAUGCAUCUCUACGAUAAUAUGAACCUUCUCAUACAUCAUUGGAACGAGUGAGUUAGAUUGCUCGCAAUUGGAAUGACCCAAAGUGGUGACCCAAAAUCACCAUCUUUCUUUCAUGCUUUUCAAUGCUCCCGCGCAAAAGUCGCUUCGAGUCGGUCAAAAUUGAAAGAGACCGCCAAGCCAUUCCUCGUGCGGCCAUUGAAUUUCCCGUUUUCAGAAGCGCCUCGGAACGCGAUCAUUCCUUCUCGGUUCUCGGCUGUCCAAUCUGCAAACUCAAUAUCCGGGGAGCCUCCGAAGUUGCCAAACAUAUCCAAACGCAUCAUUACCGCAGCUCCGUGCGUCCUACCUAUUCCUUGAUGUUUUCGAUUUGUAUGAAUGUUCGUAUGAAACAGUAAUCUAGGGCGGUGAACAACGAGGAGAGGAACGCUUCGAGGUCGAAAGACGCCGAGAACAAGACGCACGUUUGUAGCGUUUGCUCCAGGGGAUUCGGAAAACGAUGCGAUUUGAGCCGUCAUUUGUUGAUUCAUACAGGUUUUUUUUUGAAGCGAACAUCGUGAAAAUGAUAGACAAAAAAUAUAUUCGAUCAUGAUUUUUGUUGGAUGCAGUUCAAUAAAUUUUUUUUUUUAAGAGUCAUGGGUAAGAAAGUUUUUAACUCUAGCUGAAAGCGGCCGAAAUUUUUGAUAAGAUCGAAUAUAAACGAUUCUUGGUUUUGAAAAGAUUUUGAAGGAAUCGAGAAUAUUUUUAUGAUAAUAUAUUCUGAAUAAAAAAACGUCCUAAUUUACGUUUUUGAAUAAGACGAAAUUGAACUAAAAGCGGAUGACCGUGGCUCAAUUAUUUGAAUUAAAGCGCUAGUUUUUCGAAGUUUUUACGCAGAUGGUUUUUAAAAAAAAUUCCUACGAGUAAACUUGAAAAAUUUUAAGAAUCCAGGUGAUUAUGAUUCAGUAACAGGUUGCAUUUCAGGCGAAAUACAAAAAAUGAAAGUUAAAGAAAGGAGACAUGAAAGUUAUUAUUCUUUCCAGGCGAGAAGCCGUUCCAGUGCGAAGUGUGUUUCAUGGAGUUCCGAACGAAGAACACACUCGAUACCCAUCUUCUGAGGCACAAGAACGAGCCGACAGAAGUCUGUAUGGUGUGCCGGAAAGUGUUCUACGGGAAGAAGUCCCUCAAACUCCAUCUUCGGAUCCACACCGGCGAGACUCCCCUUCAAUGCCGACACUGCAAUGUUUCUUUCAGGUCCGGUUAUUUUCCUAAUUAUAGAAUGAACAGACUUUUGCGUGGGCCGGCCCGUUUUUUUUUUGUCCAUACUCUUACGAUAAAAAUCAUGUUUUGGCUUUUUCCAGUGACAAGAACUAUGGUUUAAGAUGAAAAGACCUUUUGAUGGACUUCAAAAUUUUUUUCGAAGUUUGGCCCGGCCCGAGCCCCACGAGUCUUACGCAAAAACUUGAUUAUAAUUUCUCGAUUCUUUACAAUAAAAACGCUUGAGUUGGCUCGGAAUGUAGCUCUUUUGGUUGUCAUUUUAUUGCUGCAUCCGACCUUCGAAGGCUUUUUUUGUGUGCUUUGAUAUACCAUAAAGCUUUUGUUUUUGUGAGUGUUGGUUUAAAAUUACCACAACACAUUCAGCUUUCUUUGCGAAUCAUUCAACAAGAAAUUGUUCAGAACGAGCUCACUUCGAAGCGCUCAUGAGAAGAGAGUUCAUGGAGUUAAUGGAGAGCCAGUCGAUCAGACAAACGUGAGGAAAGGUCAAGAGAAAACAGUUAUUAUUGAAUAGUUUUCAGUCGAUGUUGGUCAUUCCUCCGAGCCAAGUUCCCAGUAGUCAAAGAAAAUCGAGGAGGCUUCAGAUCAAGGUUUGGCGUAAAUGGGGUUUUGGGCCAUGUGUGAGAAUGUUACCUGGGAAAUAUUUGUAAUCGACUUAAAAAAUGCAUAGAUUUUUUUUUUUCAAUUUUCCUUUUAAAGACCGAAUUAUGAGUCCUAUGAACUCGGCACAUUUUGAUGUGCUAUUAAUAAUAUAUUCUCCACAUUUUUUUCCAAUUUCGAACUUCGGAUUGCUUCAAACGAGGGUAAUGGACUAUUGAGGAGCUAUAUAAAUUUUUUAUGAAAAUAGGGGAAAAAUCAUUUUCUUCUAGGCUAGAAAAUUAAACUUUUCAAUUCCCAAUAAAGUCUCAAUUUUCAAGGAAACAAUCGCUUCAAAGCCAUCAUCCGUCCGAACUUUGCUGCCGGUUAAACGGAAAUUCGUUGAAGAGGUGCGUUUUCAUCAAAAUGUCCGUUUUAUUCGUUUUGGUUCCAGAAAAAUCCCUUCAUCCAAGGGGUGGAGAAGACCAUCUCCCAGAUUUCGAGCUUGCCAUCAAAGCCGCUACCGUUGUCGAGCUCUUCGGCGUUUUCUUGUCCUAAGGUUUGAAAAAAAGAAAAGAAAAGGUGUUAAAUCAUUUUUCUGAAGUUAAACUUUGGAACUCUUACAAGGGUUAGAUUAAAACGACAUUUAAAAAUAGUGGGAAAAGAAGCGGAAGAACAACAACGGCUUGAAGAGGCGCCAGAGAAAAAUAUCGAUUUCUUUCUCUAGCGUCUAUUCUGGUUGCCUUAUGUCUCUCGCUUAUGCUUUGUAGGUUGAAAACUGUUGCAGCUUCAUAGGUAAAUUUCUGUAACUAUGUGAUUUUCCUUCCUUUCCAUUAGUCUUAACAACGGUAACAAAAACUGGACGUCUCUGAGUAAUUCUAGGAUCACUCAAGAGCUCUGAAGCUACUAAAGGGUUCACUAGUGUAGCUCCGACACGUCCGAAAAGCGUUAUCAAGAUCCGAGAACGGGUAGAAGAAAUAUCGAGUUUUUUUUUCCCGUUUUCAGACUCGAAGAACCGGUGGAACACUUUACAUCGUCGCGAAGAAGGUCUUCAUCGACGAGUACGUCAUCAACGUCAGUACGAGACCUCCCCCGAAGAAUUCCAUCCGAGAAUCUGUGAUUUUCAAGACAGUAAUCAGGAUGUUAUACUGAAAAUUCAGGUGGACACGUUGAGCAGCAUCGAGAUCAGCGCCGUCGAGGAGUUUGUCAGCCACGGAUUUCCGUUCCGGAUCAUUCUUCACGAUAAUCAGUACUUGCACAUUGAUGCGCCAGCUCUUCUGGCCAUUAUUGAGGCGGAUGGACAAGGUUCAGGGGGAGACAAUAUUUUCUUUUCAAAAAAUUCAUGAAGAAUCCGAGUAAAGUUUUGGCGUACUGUAUCUAGCUUCUGUGCAAGUUCCUACACUGCAGAUGCUAUUUUCGAGUUUUUUCUUUUUUAGGGUGCGAAAUAAUUUUUUUUUCUUUUAUUUUUUUGUCAAUUCUUUUCUCCUUCUAUUCAGCCUUAUGCUCAUUAUGAAUAAUGGGGAAAAAUUUAAAAUCCGGUUUAUGUAAAAAUUUUUUUCAGAAAGUGCUCAUUUGAAGUAAUAGUAACAUAUUUUUUUAAAAAAAAUUGGCACAAAAACAUCGAACUUCAGAGAAAACAGCAGUUUUCAGUAAUUUCUUUCAGUCAGCGCCAAGACGAAGAUCACUUCCGGUUUGUCGGCCCAACCGAAGCUUUUCGAAGUUGUCCGCGACACGGAGACCUCCUUCGUCCGUCGAUGUGAAGUCUGCGAGAUGGACUUCCAGUCGAAGGACCUCAGUGAUGAGCAUUUCGCUUCCGAGGAUCAUGAAACGGCUCAGGUUUCCGGCAAAAUCCUCCUUGAAGUUUCAAAAUGUUCUCAUUCCAGUUGAUGAACCCGCUUACGAGUAUCGUCGCUGAGGGAAUCGUCGCCACGAGUAUGACUGUACCUCAUCCGGCUCCGACAAGGUGGAGUUUGUGUCAAGCUGAAGGAAUAUCAAAACGGAUUUCAGGAAAGAGGAGCUGUCGGACUUCACCUGCAAGCUGUGCGGCAGAAAGUUCCUCGACAUGGAGCCCCUGGUGGCACAUAUUCGGAGGGAGCACGAGCGCGACGGCGAUCAUCCGCAGCAUAUCCCGCCGAGGCCCGCAGCCCGAACUGCUCCCAUUCAUUAG